AUGAUGGUGGGGAAUGGUGUGACCUUCCUGUGUGGAAUCCCCAGAAUACAGAGGACGGGGACAUCUCUCUGGUGGGUUCCCAUUACUGGGUCCAUCUACCUGAUGAUGGUGAGGGAUUGGUGUGACCUUCCUGUGUGGAAUCCCGGGAAUACAGAGGACAGGGACAUCUCUCUGGUGGGUUCCCAUUACUGGGUCCAUCUACCUGAUGAUGGUGAGGGAUGGUGUGACCUUCCUUGUGGAAUCCCAGGAAUACAGAGGACAGAGACAUCUCUCUGGUGGGUUCCCAUUACUGGAUCCAUCUACCUGAUGAUGGUGACGGAUGGUGUGACCUUCCUGUGUGGAAUCCCGGGAAUUCAGAGGACGGGGACAUCUCUCUGGUGGGUUCCCAUUACUAGAUCCACCUACCUGAUGAUGGUGAGGGAUGGUGUGACCUUCCUGUGUGGAAUCCCGGGAAUA